CAAGUUACUAAUUAAAUGAAGUUUCUAUUGGCAUGCGUAGUUGAAAAGAAGAUGAUGUGAUGUUGUAUUGAGGGAGUGAUAAUUGGCGAUGCAGAGUCUGCAACAGAAGGCCUCUGAAUGGAGUGGAGUUUCCAUAGCUGAUGCUUUUGCCAUAGACGAGGCCAAUUUGUUUCACAAGCUUGGCCUUCAAACCUUGGUUAAUCUCUCUACCAAUUUCUACAACAGGGUGUAUGACGACGACCAAGAGUGGUUUCGUUCAAUAUUUGCCAAUUCUGACAAACAGAACGCAAUUCAGAACCAGAUCGAGUUCCUCGUCCAGAGAAUGGGUGGCCCCACUCUCUAUUCUCAAAGAAGAGGGCACCCUGCACUAAUCGCUAGACAUCGACCAUUUCCUCUCACGCAUGAAGCUGCAAACAGGUGGUUACAUCAUAUGGGACAAGCAUUGGACAGUACCUCAGCCAUAGAUGAUGACUCAAAGAUCAAACUCAUCAACUUUUUCAGGCACACUGCAUAUUUCCUUGUGGCUGGAGUUGAGCAUAAGGAUCAAAACUUUCACGUACCGUGUAAGGAUGCAGCCCUGAAGCAGCACCCAUGUAAAAACUUUUAGCAUUUUUCUCUUUGUGCAACGUUGACACGAAUAAGGUAUCAUCAUAUCAGAUGUCAAAUACAAUGUUCGAUGAUCAGUUUGUAUUUGAGGAUAUUCUAAACUCAAGCAUUAUUAUGUUUCAUAAACGAAUCUCGUUAAUUA